AUGGCCGCUCCGGGUGGAAAGUACCUCAUUCAGGACAAGUUGAAGACUCCCGCCGCACAUCACGAGUCCUUUGCUAAGCUAUGGGAGACGAAGUGGAAGAAGCCGGCUGAGAUGGGCGUGUACCCAUUCAUGUUCGGCACUGCAAAAGACUUUGAGCCCAUAGUUGAAGAGAUGACCAAGCUGAACAUGCGUGAACCAUACAAUUGGGACGACUACGCCUCCGUCUUCAGGCCCCAGGCCGAGAAGCUGACGCGCAUCGCCGAGGAGGCCGAGGCAAAAGGCGAGCGCGAAAAGGCAUCCGAGUACUACCUGCGGGCGUCGGCUGUGUGGCGCAUCUCGCGCUUCCCUGCGCCGCGGUCCGACAAGCAGCGGUACGCGUGGGAGGAGGGCAAGAAGGUCUGCCUGAAGGGCUUGCAGCUGCGUGAACACCCGGUGCAAGAGGUGCUCAUCCCCCACCGGCACGCUGUCAAGGGCGAGGGCAGCCACAUUCCCGUCUACCACCUGCUACCCGCCGGCGCGUCCAAGGAGAAGCCGGCACCUGUCGUGGUCAUCAUCACUGGCUUGGACGGCUACCGUACCGAGCUUGCCGUGUGGAUGGAGGGCUGGCGCCAGCAGGGGGUCGGUACCGUCGUCGUCGAGAUUCCCGGCACCGCCGAUUCGCCCGUCCUCAAGGAGGACCCCGAAGGCCCAGACAGGCAAUGGUCGAGCUUGCUAGACUGGCUCGACGAACAGGAGGCCGUGGACCACGACAGGGUCGCCGUCUGGGCCUUUUCCACUGGCGGCUUCUACGCCAUCAGGCUAGCGUACACUCACCCUCAUCGCGUGGCAGGAAUCGUCUCUCUCGGCGGUGGCUGUCACCACAUGUUCGACAAGGAGUGGCUGGAUGAAGUGAACCAUCUCGAAUACCCCUUUGACGAGGCGAACUCAUUGGCUUACAAGUUUGGCUACGGGGAUGACGUGGAAAGGUUCAAGAAAGAAGCCCACAAAUACUCGCUCUUGAACGACGGAACGCUGGACAAGCCCGACUGCACUCGCAUGUUGCUGGUGAACGGUACGCACGACGAAAUCUUCCCGAUUGACGACUACUAUGUCGCUCUCCAGCAUGGUCCCCCGAAGGAGGCAAGAUUCGUUCCGGGCACCAAGCACAUGGGCGAACCAGAGUCGUUCUUCAUCAUCAUGAAUUGGAUUUACAAACUCUUCGGCAUCAAAGGCAACGCCGGCCAGCAACUGUCGACGAUGCCGUUCAAGCCCAAGUACUGA